AUGUGAAUCUCUCCACCUAUUAUAUGCAUAGACAUGCAUUUUUUUAACAAGGCUGCUUCGAAGGUGAACCUGUCCAUAGUGCUCAACCCUCCUUCUCAGGUUGGUUUCUGCGGGGUCGAGUCGGGGCUUUGCUCACAGAUAUGAUAAACCUGAACAUCGGUGCGAAAGCUUACUAUGAUUAAAUUACACAGGCGAUGUUAUACUGCACGGAUUUUUGUCGGAGAUUAUUGGUUUGCGCAUGCGAAGAGACGAGCUGAGGCGACUUAGACCGUGAAGCUUCGAUCCUUCUCAAUGCGCUCAGCAGGACAUGCAUGUUUUUUUUUUUACAUUAAUAAGAAAUUUUAAUCUGGUAUUACAGAGCUUUGUGUUUUAUUUUUCUACACGUCUCUCCUGCUGCCACGUUUCACGCAACAGGCUGCAACACCUAUGUGGAGUAUAAGCUGAAGAACAGUACCACCUGUAACUGCACAUCUGCUACUUUCAUGCCGACUCCGAAGAUGAAGAAGCAAAACGUCCGGACCCUGUCGCUCAUUCUCUGCAUGUUCUCCUACUUGCUGGUCGGCGCCGCGGUGUUUGACGCGCUGGAAUCCGAGUCGGAGAACUCCCGCAGGCGCAUCUUGGAGCAGAAACGCAACGAGAUGAGGAAGAAGUACCGCUUUUCCGAGGACGACUACCGCGAAAUCGAGCGAGUGGUGCUGCAAGCAGAGCCCCAUCGCGCCGGAAGACAGUGGAAAUUUGCUGGCUCUUUUUACUUUGCCAUAACAGUCAUCACUACCAUCGGUUAUGGUCAUGCAGCACCAGGCACAGAUGCAGGAAAGGUCUUCUGCAUGUUCUAUGCUGUACUGGGCAUUCCCCUCACUUUGGUCAUGUUCCAGAGUCUGGGGGAAAGGAUGAACACAUUUGUCCGCUUUCUCCUACAUAAGAUGAAGCAGUGCCUGGGCUUUCGAUGCACUGAGGUAUCCAUGGAGAACAUGGUUUUGGUGGGCUUCCUGUCCUGCAUUGGAACACUGUGUGUAGGAGCUGCAGCCUUCUCUCACUUUGAGGGAUGGAGCUUCUUCCAUGCUUACUACUAUUGUUUCAUCACACUCACCACUAUUGGCUUUGGGGACUUUGUGGCCCUGCAGAAAAAGGAGGACCUCCAGGAGAAAACCCCCUAUGUGGCAUUCAGCUUCACAUACAUCCUGGUGGGGCUAACUGUUAUUGGGGCCUUCCUUAAUUUAGUGGUGCUUCGUUUUCUCACUAUGAACUCUGAAGAUGAGAGGAGAGAUGCUAAAGAGAGGGCAUCAUUGAAGAGGGACAGGGGCCUUUUGGAUGGGGCUCUGGGUCUCCAGAGUAGAGAUCGACACAGACAGAGAAACAGAAGCAACAUGCUGCACAGUCGCAGCCACAGUACGCUCUCCCUCCCAAUGCAGGAAGGAACCAGCCGCACCAACCUCAUCACUUCCCCAGCAGAGGAUCAGCAGAGGCGAAGACGACCCAGCAGAUGCAGGCUGCAUUUUCAGAUCAAGGCAGGCAAAAGAAAACCGGAGUCAAGCCUCAGCUCCCUCUGUUCUUGUAUGUGCUACCGCUUGGGGAUUUGUGAUAGUCCUCCUAUGCCCCACAGUGAGCAUCAUGGCUGCCCUAUCAAUUCUGUCUAUUACAACUCAGUCUCCUAUAGGAUCCAGGGCGGCUCGCCAGGUUCCAGGGCCAACACUGGACUGUCUUCCCCAGGAAGCACGCUCUCACCUGGCCAUAGCUUCAGAGAGUUCUCUCGUUCAAGGAGAAAGUCAGUGUAAAGAGCCCUACAGUGAAGGAACGUGUUUGCACUGACUGUAAACAGUAUUUCAGUGACACCAUAUAUUGUGUUACACAUCCUUUAUGCAUGUCAGAAGACAACGACUCUGUUAACUGAGUAGUUUGCGUGUUGUGACUAUUUUUUUGUAAAGUAAGGAUGAGGCUUCUUUUUCUUUUGCCAUGACAUUAUUUAUGUUAGUGAUUCUGCUGUUUUCCUCGCAUGUUAGCCAAAGUGCAUGCUAACAGAAUGUAUAGCACACAAUGUAAAUGCAUGACUGCUAUGUAAAGAUGUAAAGAGUUGGGCUUUUAUUAUACAAUCUGAUCAAAAAGUAUUUUGGAUAUAGUGCUUACUAAUGACUGCACGACGGGGUUAGUGAAAGUACAUGAAUGAGCUCAGUGGACUGUCUCCUGCUUUAGACAAAACCCUAAACUUUUCAUGCCAUAAAUAUAUGAUGUCAUUAUACUUUUAUAUUUAAACAAAGCCUUAACAGAACUUUGGACACGCACAUGAGAUAUGUGGCUUCUUAGUUCAGUUAAUUUUAAUAAACCCUUUUCUGUUUAUUACAACUCCUCCUGCAGGAUCCAGGGCCAACAAUGAACUGUCUUCCUCAGGAAGCACGCACUCAUCUGGCCAGAGCUUAUAGUGCAUCUUAGAUCCUUUAGGUAUUAUUAUUGGGGGGGUCAGAAUAACUUUUCUUUGCAUUUCUCAGCACUGAUGCACUCUUAUAUCAAAUAUUAAGCUUGUUCUGUGACUGACAAAUGUAAUGGAUGUAGCACACAUUCUGUAUGUAGCAGGUUGCUAAUGAACUUACCACAGUCCUGGAAAAACUGUUCUUUUUCAUCCAGGGAGGUGUUAUUUCUGCCUAAUCUGGGUUUGUAGUCAGAUUCAGUGUGAGUCUCUUACAGUAUUGUUUUAUUAAACCAAAAAAA